GCUGAUGCGUCUUCCUCUGUGCCUGGCCAGAAUCAGGGGGAAACAAUUUCUCUCUCUCUCUCCUCUGCUUUUCCGCAGCGCCAAUAGGCAGAAGUUCGACUCCUGCCUAACCCAGAAUGGCUUUGCCCGCACUCUACCUCUCUCCUCACCCUCACAACUUCCAGAACGCCAAGGUCCUUGUCACGCUGGAGUAUGGGAGGUCAAAGGUGAAAGUGGUGGAGAUCCGAGGGCCAGCCGCAGGGGACACUCAGAGCCAAUUGACGCUGUCCAGGCUGCCAGCAGUGGAAACCGAGUCCAAGCGCUGCAUCCAUGGAGCGACAGCUGUGGCUCAGUACCUGGCCCCGGACAGGAUGAGGGGGUCCAGCAGGAAGGACGCCGCCUUGGUGCAGCAGUGGCUGAACUUUGCGGACAGCGAGGUCAUUCAGCCGGCCUGUGCUUGGGUCUUCCCAGUCCUGGGCUUACUGAAGCACAACAAAAAGGCCGUUGAAAGAGCCCAGCUGGACCUGAAGAAGGUUCUGUGCUUUCUCGAUGGCCACCUGAAGCUGCGGACCUACCUGGUGGGAGAGGGAGUCACCUUAGCGGACAUCGCCGUGAGCUGCUCGCUGCUGCUCCCCUACAAGCACGUCUUUGAGCCUGACUUCAGGAAGCCCUUCAUUAAUGUGAACCGCUGGUUCCUGACCUGUGUGAAUCAGCCCGAGUUCAUACGAGCGCUGGGAGAGGUGAAGCUGUGCGAGAAGAUUGUACCUGGGACCGCUGAGAAGUGUGCAGGGCAGCAGCUGGAGCAGAAUGCGCUCAGUCCGGAACCAGUCCCGCUCGCCGAGGAGCCGGUUAAAAAGACACCGGCGCAGCUGAAAAAGGAGGCGAUGAAGAGAGAGAAAAUGGAGAAGUUCCUGCAGAAACAGGACAAACUGAAGGAGCAGCAGCAGAAACAGCCGGAGAAAAAAGCCAAAGCGGAGAAGAAAGAAAAGAAGGAUCUGGGAGUGAUUACGUAUGACACUGCGACUCCUCCUGGAGAGAAAAAAGAUGUGACCUGCCCAAUGCCGGACUCCUACAGCCCGCAGUACGUGGAAGCUGCCUGGUACCCCUGGUGGGAAAAGCAAGGAUUCUUCAAACCCGAGUACAAGCAAAAUAUCUCUGAGCCCAACCCAAAGGGGAUGUUCAUGAUCUGCAUCCCUCCGCCCAACGUGACAGGAUCCCUACAUCUGGGCCACGCCCUGACCAACGCAAUUCAGGACUCGCUCACCCGCUGGCACCGAAUGCGAGGAGAGACCACCCUGUGGAACCCGGGCUGCGAUCAUGCUGGCAUCGCCACGCAGGUGGUGGUGGAGAAGAGGCUGUGGCGCCAGUCCAGGAAAACCCGGCAUGACCUCGGUCGGCACAGCUUCAUCGAGGAGGUGUGGAAGUGGAAGAACGAGAAGGGUGACCGGAUUUACCAUCAGUUGCGAAAAUUGGGCUCAUCCCUGGACUGGGACCGUGCCUGCUUUACCAUGGAUGCUAAGCUCUCCAACGCAGUUGAAGAAGCUUUCGUCCGGCUGCACGAUGAAGGUGUGAUCUAUCGGAGCACACGGCUGGUCAACUGGUCCUGCACGCUCAACUCUGCCAUCUCCGACAUCGAGGUGGACAAGAAGGAGCUGACAGGCCGCACGCUUCUCCCCGUGCCCAAUUACAAGGACAAAGUGGAGUUUGGGGUUCUGAUCUCCUUUGCAUAUAAAAUUGACGGAUCGGAUGAGGAAGUGGUGGUGGCGACUACACGGAUCGAGACGAUGUUAGGAGACACCGCUGUGGCUGUACACCCGCAGGACCCCAGAUACCAGAAUUUGAAAGGGAAAUUUGUCGUUCAUCCUUUCUGUGACCGGAAAAUGGCCAUUGUCUUCGAUGAUUUUGUGGACAUGAGCUUUGGAACAGGUGCCGUGAAGAUCACCCCAGCUCACGACCCGAACGAUUAUGAAGUUGGUUUGAGACAUGGCCUGGAGUUCAUAAAUAUCAUGGACGAUAAUGGCUACCUCAUCAACGUCCCAGAACCUUUCUUGGGAAUGAAGAGGUUCGAUGCUCGUAAAGAGGUGCUAGAAGCUUUGAUGCAGAAAGGGCUCUUCAAAGAGGUGAAGGACAAUCCAAUGGUGGUGCCAGUCUGCAGCCGCUCCAAGGACAUCGUGGAGCCCCUGUUGAAGCCUCAGUGGUAUGUGCGCUGCAGCGAAAUGGCGAGGUCGGCAGCUGAUGUGGUGCGGAACGGAGAUUUGAAGAUCAUCCCCGAGAUUCACCUGAAGACCUGGUUUCAUUGGAUGGACAACAUCAGGGACUGGUGCAUUUCCCGGCAGCUGUGGUGGGGCCACCGUAUCCCGGCGUACUUUGUAACGGUGAACGAUCCCGCUGUUCCAGCCGGAGAGGACGCUGACGGGAAUUACUGGGUGAGCGGCCAGACAGAGGAGAUCGCCAGGCAGAAAGCAGCCAAGAAAUUCAACGUCUCUCCAGAUCAGAUCUCACUCCGACAAGAUGAGGAUGUGCUGGAUACCUGGUUCUCUUCCGGUUUGUUCCCGUUCUCAAUUUUUGGGUGGCCAAAUGAGACAGAGGAUUUGAAAGCCUUCUACCCGGGCACACUGCUUGAGACAGGCCACGAUAUCCUCUUCUUCUGGGUGGCCAGGAUGGUGAUGCUGGGAUUGAAGCUGACGGGAAAACUGCCUUUCAAAGAGGUUUACCUUCAUGCUAUUGUUCGCGAUGCUCACGGGAGGAAAAUGAGCAAAUCUCUUGGCAACGUCAUUGACCCCCUCGAUGUGAUCUUCGGUAUCACACUGGAGGGCCUGCAUGCACAGCUCCUGGACAGUAACUUGGACCCGGUCGAGAUCGAGCGAGCCAAAGCGGGUCAGAAAUCCGAUUAUCCUGUUGGGAUUCCUGAAUGCGGGACAGACGCCCUUCGGUUUGCUCUGUGUGCCUACACGUCUCAAGGCCGGGACAUCAACCUGGACGUCAACCGGAUCCUCGGCUAUCGCCACUUCUGCAACAAGCUGUGGAACGCCACAAAGUUCGCCAUCCGGGGCCUGGGGGCACACUUCAAACCGGAGGACCCAGUCCAGGACUUGUCGAGAGGGAGUCUGAUUGAUCGCUGGGUGAUGAGUCGCCUGAGCCACGCGGUGGAACUCUGCAAUUGCGGCUUCAAGCAGUACGACUUCCCAGGCAUCACCACCGCCGUCUACAACUUCUGGCUGUACGAGCUUUGCGAUGUCUACCUGGAAUGUUUGAAGCCCGUAUUUGCCGGCACGGAUGAGAAUGCAGCAUGCGUCGCCCGGAACGUUCUGUACACCUGCCUGGAUGUGGCCCUUCGCCUCCUCAGCCCGUUCAUGCCCUUUGUUACAGAGGAGCUCUACCAGAGGUUACCACGGCGAUCAAAUCAGGACCCCCCCAGUAUCACUGUGACCCCUUAUCCUGAAUGUGAAGAGUACUCUUGGAGGGACGAGGAACUGGACCGUAAUGUGGAGUUUGUCAUGUCUAUCGUUCGUGCCAUCCGCUCCUUGCGAGCUGACUAUAAUCUCACCAAGACCAAAGCGGAUUGUUACCUGACGUGCUCGGACGAGAGUACAGCUGCCCUGGUGAGCCUGUUCUCCUCCUACAUCCAGACCCUGUCCUCCUCCAAGUCGGUGACCGCUCUGGUGCAUGAAGAGUGCCCAGCCGGCUGUGCCUUGGCUAUCGCUUCCGACCGAUGCACCGUCCAUCUAAUGCUGAAGGGGCUGAUCGAUGCUGAAAAGGAAGUUACAAAGCUCAGGAGCAAACAGGGAGAUGUUCAGAAACAGAUCACAAAGCUCAGGGAGAAAAUCUCCAAAUCUGACUACAGGACCAAAGUGCCUCAGAAAAUCCAGGAGAUGGAUGCGGAGAAGUUGAAGCAAAUUGAGACGGAAUUGCAGAAGGUGGAAGCAGGUAUCGAGAACUUUGAGAAGAUGAUCUGACUGAUAAAUGGAAGGAGCCUCACAUGGAAUUUAUCCAGACCUCUUCCUGCGACCCCUGGUCAUCGUGAGGCUGUGUGCCUGGUCGCAGGAUGCGAGCUGAAUUCUGAUUUGGGGUUGGGGAAGUUCGGGUUGUUGGAUUGUGGGUUACGUUAAGAUAAGAGCAGCAUCUGCUCCCCUGCCCUGCUCACGCGCAGGUUCCUGCUCUUUCACUGAGUUACAGGCGCCGGAUGUUGUAAUGCCCUGGCCUGGGAGGGAUCACCCUGCUCUUCCUGCUUAGGCCUGGAUUUUCUGCUCCGAUGUUCUGGCCCCUGACACAAUUCGGGAAGUUACACUCACACUCGCCCUCGCUCUCUCACACUCGCCCUCACACACUCACACUCACCCUCGCUCUCUCACACUCGCCCUCGCUCUCUCACACUCGCCCUCGCUCUCUCACACUCGCCCUUUCUCU